AUGUCUUCAGAAAAGAAACAAGACGAGUCCUUGACUUACGUCUCUUCCAAUGUCGGCCAGGUGACUGAAGGCUCGCAUGAUCCCGUCUUCGGUGAAAUCACGGAAGAUGGUCCGAACUAUCGCAACGUAGGAUGGUUGGGCACGGCCGUGCUGAUGAUGAAAACCCAAAUUGGUCUCGGUGUUCUUUCCAUCCCCGUAGCCUUCGACUCCCUGGGUGUCAUUCCCGGGGUGAUUGUCUUGUGUGCCAUUGCUGCCAUUACGACGUGGUCCGACUAUAUUAUUGGUGUUUUCAAACUGAGGCAUCGUGAGGUCUACGGCAUUGACGAUGUCGGUGAGCUUCUUCUGGGGAAGCCCGGCCGAAUCAUUCUGGGAGGUGCCUUUAUUCUCUGGUGGAUCUUCGUCGCCGGCUCCGGUAUGCUGGGCAUCUCCAUCGGUCUCAACGCCGUCUCCUCCCACGCCACCUGCACCGCCGUCUACGUCGCCGUGGCCGCCAUAGUUACAUUUUCGCUCGGCAGUAUCCAAACAUUAGGUCGCAUCUCGUGGCUUGCGUGGUUGGGUCUUGUUUGCAUUCUUACUUCGAUUCUUAUCGUCACCAUCGCCGUUGGGAUCCAGGACCGCCCUUCCGCCGUACCCGCAGACCUUGUCUGGGUUCCCGAUUAUAAAAUUGUCAAUGGCGAUGUAUCAUUCACCGAUGCAAUCACCGCGGUCUCGACGAUGGUGUUCGCCUACGCCGGCACCCCCGCCUUCUUCUCCAUCGCAUCCGAGAUGCGUGAUCCCGCCCACUACAACCGAUCCCUGAUACUCUGCCAGUCCGUGGUGACUGGAUUCUACCUUGCGAUCGGCGUUGUCAUCUACUAUUUCUGUGGAUCCUACGUUUCCUCCCCCGCCCUCGGAUCGGCAGGCCCGACCGUGAAGAUUGUGAGCUACGGCUUCGCUCUCCCUGGCUUGAUCGUCAGUACACUACUAUUUAUCCACAUCACGGCCAAAUAUAUGUUUGUCCGCAUCCUCUACGGCUCCCGCCAUUUGGUAGCCAAUACCGUCGUCCACUGGGCCGUUUGGAUCGGCUGCACUUUGGGCACCACGGUGAUUGCCUACAUUAUUGCCAGUGCUAUUCCCGUAUUUGGUGAUCUUGUCUCACUCGUCGGUGCCUUGCUUGGUACACCGAUGUGCUUCCAGCCCAUGGCCGGCAUGUGGCUGUACGACAACUGGAGCAAGGGCCGAGACUUCCGAACCACCAAGUGGAUGUUGAUGGUUGGGUGGUGUGCCUUUAUCAUAGUGGCUGGAACAUUCUUGAUGAUUGGAGGUACUUACGGGUCUAUUGUGACCAUUAUUGACAGUUACAAACAGUCGGGAGGUUCGGCCGCCUGGUCUUGCGCCGACAACUCAUCGUAA